UUGUGGUUUACAGAAAACCAUGUUGUUUCGAUGGCAGCAGUUCAUCUCAAUGCGAAACGUAUUUGUUUACGUUUGACCGGGGAGAAGACAUGAUUUGGACCGCUGUUAGAAGGAACAGACUCCUUGUGUUAGUCAUCAUCGUUUUUUGUCCGCUGAUGUAUCAUUUUCUUCUGGAGAGAGAACGCUUACCCCAAAGAGUAGAGACUAAUGAAGUAGAUGAAGAAUUGAUAAAAAAAAUACAUACUCUAAGAGAAAGAUUACGUGAUGCAGAAUUUCAGAAUUCAGCCAGAUCUCAAGAACUUAUUUCACUAAAGGAACAGCUUACUAAAUUGGAGGCUGCAAGAAAUAAAAGAACUCGUAACAACUCUAUCACUCCUAGUAGCUUUGGGAAUUCAUCGAGGAUAUUUUUUGAUGGUCAGAAUGUGCUCCAGUUGCCAAGUAUUUAUAAUUUUAUGCCUCAUCUGAUGGAUUCUCCCGGCAGCUUAAAGCCUGCUUUGCAUGUAUCAAAGGACCGGCAAGGAGUGUCUCUAGUUUUUGGAAUUCCUACGAUAAAACGAGAGAGGACAUCCUACCUAUUGGAUACUCUUGUUUCAUUACUGGAUGCAAUGUCUCAAGAAGAUAAAGAUGACUGUGUUAUAGUCAUUUUUAUUGGCGAGACUGAUAUAGGAUUUAGUAAAGAUGUAGCUAAUGGUGUCAAGCAAAGGUGGAGAACAAAACAGAAUCUUGAUUUUUGCUACUUGAUGAUGUACUGCCAGAAAAAAGCAAGAUUUUAUGUUCAGCUGGAAGAUGAUAUUGUGGCCACACCCACUUUUGCUUCAACAAUCAAAACAUUUGCACUUCAACAAGAAACAAAUCAGUGGCUUAUUUUGGAGUUUUCAGCACUUGGAUUUAUAGGAAAGCUUUUCCGUACAAGUGACUUGAGCAUGGUGGUAGAGUUCUUUCUGAUGUUUCACAAAGACAAACCUGUUGACUGGCUGAUGGAUCACAUUUUGUGGGUCAAAGUCUGCAACCCAGAAAAAGAUCAACAACACUGUUCAAGAGAGAAGUCACACUUACGUAUCAGGUUCAAACCUUCUCUCUUUCAACAUGUUGGCAAAGAAUCAUCACUGAAAGGAAAGAAACAAAACUUAAUUGAUAAAGACUUCAAGAAAGCACCAUUGUUCCAAGCUCACUUAAACCCCAAGGCUGUGUCAAUUUCAUCAUUGGAACCGUACCAGGGAUACACCUUAGACCGUGCAUACAAAGGGCAGACAUUCUUCUGGGCUUAUCCGCCCCAGACUGAUGAUGUGAUGAGAUUUAAAUUUGAUCAAGAAAUCACAAUAGAAAAAACCUGGCAGGGAAGGCUCACCAGAGGCAAAAAAAAAUUUCCUGAAGUACGAGUUUCCAUUCUCUAGUUACAAAAGUGUUGGCACUUUCACACUUGCUGGUCUCGCAGAUGGCACAGUACCCCAAGAGAUUGGAAAGAUUGUGGAAAUGAGAAUACGUGUAUUGGGUCAUAACAGUUUGAACUGGAUAAUGUUAAGUGAGAUACACAUUGUUCCAAAAGGUGCCAGAUGACAAAGGUGAAGAUGCAUCUGUAGGGAUGGAUGUACAUGACACUUUAUUUUUGUCAUAAAUUUACCAGUUUAAAUUUUAAAAUUAUAUUUCAAAGAGGGUUUUUGAAAGCAAUAUGAGACUCCCAGAAUCUAAAGGGAGCUAUCACUCAAAAUAAAUUUCAAAGUUUCCAUAAAAGCAGCCAGAUGGCUCAGCAAAACAUUGGCGUUAUUAAUACAGCUAUGUGAAAUUUUUUUAAGUAUGGGUGCACCAAUGAAGCCUGUUUUGAAAGGUAAUUAGGUUGUAUUAUUUAUAUUGAGAGACUGAGAGUGUCUUUUCACUUAUCAGGGAAGGGAACAGGAGACAUACUGUAAGAUUCUUGAGUAAUAAGAAAAUAAUAAUUGUUGUUGUUUUGUUGGUAUUGUCAUCCAUGUGGCUGUCCUCUGAUAGAUCAUGCAUAAGAGCUAAUCAUGCUUAUUCAUAGUUUUGACAGGAUCAUAUUAAGUAACUGAGUGUGGUGAAGCAUCUGUCCUAUGCUUCUGUUUUUACUGGUUCUGACUCAUCCUUCGACUCCCACAUUGGUGAAAACCAGCUUUUAAGUAUCAGAGAUCCAAGAGUUCUCUGGCUAAAAUUUUGUGGUUGAAGCAAUCAUCCCUAAGAGCCUAAACUUGGAAAUGAUAUCAUACUGCCCUGGAAAAUUAAAGUUUUUCAUUUGGUACUGUUGCCAUUGGAUAGGGUUUUGCAAAUAUCUUUUCAUCAAUAAAUUCACUAAUUUGUUUCCUUAUUAUUAAUUUUGCUGCUAAAAAAAAGUAGGCAAAAGACUUUAAAAACAUUAUUGCGAGAUUUUGACUAUUGGAUUUUCUAUUGUUAGCUAGGUUGUGGUUAGGGUUUGCCCUGUUCAAUUUUCAUCUCUCAGUUUUUUUGUACCAUGUUUCACAAAGCUCUAAAGGGUGGUAAUGUCACAUUUUCACUUUUGUGUUACCAUGCAUUCAUGUGAAGUUUGUUUUACUGUAUUUUGUCUGACUUAAAUUGUUUCCACUAGUCAAAGAUGUUUUUUAGAUUGUAAAUGAAAUUUUUUUUGCAGAUUGUAGAUGAAGAUUUGUAGCUUAUUAAUGAUAUAGCAACCCUUCUCUAAUAGAGAAACUAGAAGUUUGUCAAAUUUAAUAUUAAUAUUUGAUAUUGUGCAUUGGAAAAUUGUUACUUUUUGCCAACUGAUUCCACAGAACUGUUCGAUUUAAAAAAAUGUUUUCAAAUUUAAACAUGCUCAGUACAUGUAUAACUUACAUUGCAACAUGUUAUUUUGGGUUGACAAAGUACAUACUAUUCUAUACAUACUAUUCUAUUUCAAAGUACAUACCUGACAAAGUACAUACUAUUCUAUAAAUAAACAGUAGAUUCCUAAUAGUUCCAACUUUUUUCCAACUUAAUAUCAAGCAACUUCCCAGCUUGUUCUUCCAUUGUCUCAAGCUGUAUUAAGGUUUCUUAUGUCAGUCAAGUCAGUAUGGGUUUUUAAUAGAUUUUUAAGUUGUGGUAAAAUGUGGUUGUACCAACUUUAUAUGUACCACUACAGUAGAUUUCUAGAAGUUUAGGCAGAGGCAGCGUAAAGUUAUGCUGGGUUUAGUCAAAAUAUUUCAUUAUUUGUUAUAAUAAAUAACAUAUCUCUCA